UCCCACUGCUAGGAUACAUAAAUGAGGCAAUUAGGGUUUUAGUAGUAGCUUAGCCUUAGCGCGAGGGAGAUCCUGAGUCAGGCAGCAACGCCGCUUUGGCAAGAUGGGUAUUUCCAGGGAUUCUAUGCACAAGAGACGCGCCACCGGUGGCAAGAAGAAAGCCUGGAGGAAGAAGCGUAAGUAUGAACUUGGUCGUCAACCUGCAAAUACCAAGCUCUCGAGCAAUAAGACGGUGAGGAGGGUUCGAGUCAGAGGAGGCAAUGUGAAGUGGAGGGCCCUUAGAUUGGACACAGGGAACUAUUCCUGGGGUAGUGAGGCUGUUACACGUAAAACUCGUAUCCUUGAUGUGGUUUACAAUGCAUCAAACAAUGAGCUUGUCAGGACACAAACUUUGGUGAAGAGUGCCAUCGUUCAGGUGGAUGCUGCUCCAUUUAAGCAGUGGUACCUUCAGCACUAUGGUGUUGACAUUGGUAGGAAGAAGAAGGCAGCUACUUCUAAGAAGGAAACUGUAGAGGAGGGAGAGGGUGCAACUGCGGCAGUAGAAGAAUCUAAGAAGAGUAAUCAUGUUGCAAGGAAGCUUGAAAAGCGCCAGAAGGACCGUAAGCUUGAUUCCCACAUUGAAGAGCAAUUUGGAGCUGGUAGGUUGUUAGCCUGCAUUUCUUCCCGCCCAGGCCAAUGUGGCAGAGCUGAUGGGUACAUAUUGGAAGGAAAAGAGCUGGAGUUCUACAUGAAGAAACUCCAGAGGAAGAAGGGCAAGGGUGCAGGAUCUGCUGCGUAGACUCAGUGUUAUCCCCUGUUUCUGCUGUCGGUUGAUUUUACUUGUUCUAGGUUUGACCUUUUAGGGGCAUUUUCAUUUAAGAGGAUGAUAUGAUUAGCAUAAUUAAUGUCAAACAUUUUACUAUCUUUACUAUCACCCGUCAGAUGAUAAUUCUCUCGUGGCAUUAAGAAAAUAUACAACUAUGUUUUGAUCAA